AUGAGUGGCUUUGAAAAGUUACAAAGCUUUGGGAGUUGUAGAAUGCCAGUUCCUCCUCCCUUAUUGGAAGAAGCAAGGCAAAGAAUUUCAAUUUCGAAAUUUUUUUCGAAUGAAGGGCAUAAGAGAGCUGCUUUAAAAGGCUAUUUUGGUACUGUCAACGGCCCUACGAAACCUAAUGUUUCAGAUGAUAAAUGUGUAACAACAAUGAGAUUAUUUACACCCCCACCAUCUUUAGAUCUGAAUACAAAUGAUUCGUCUACCCGUCAUUGGACUAUGAAUGAAAAUGAAAUCGUUGAGUAUAAGCCAUUUGUACCACCAAAGUCCGAAACUGGCAGUAGGUUUUCAGUGUCUUAUCCGUAUUCUUCACUUUCACCAAAGAAACAUUUAAGUAAGAGACUUAGAAGCAAAAGAAGUUCAACAAACGGUAAAAAGAAUUUUUUCUCUCAGCAAACUACCAAUAACAUCUCUGAUCAUUCACCAGUUGUUACUGCGACACUUGAGUCUGAGAACAAACAAGAUCCAUCUUGGUUGAAAAGGACUUUAUCAAGUGCAAGUUCCAAGUUUGAAAACAUAUUGAAAUCGAGCUCAAAAUCAAGGGGCCAAGACGUGGGGAAUAUUUCAAUAUGCCAUGCUAGUACUUACUACAACAAUGGCGGAGAUGAGGAAGAAUCAUUUGUUUUCAAUCCCAAUAAAACUACUGCCAUUGAUGAAAAAUUCAUCAAUGCCUCUGAAAACCUGUAUUACUAUGAUCAACCUGGCACGGAAGUUUUCAAUGAUUAUGCACCUGUUAAGACUGCAACACAAUCGAUAAAGACUUUUAAGGAUGAACCAAUUGAUGCUGAUAGACAUUUCAUGCUAUACAAGAACGAGGAAGGAAAGGAAGAGAUUGUAGAUGUUCGUAAACCCAUAGUUGAUCAAUCAACGUAUGCCAUCAACGAAAAUGAAACCAUUAUGAAAAAAUCUGGUAAUUCUAGGGAAUGUUCGGAUGAGUUGCAAAAUGAUCAGUUCGAUACAAAAGCAAGAGCUACUUCUUCUUCGUCGUCAUCUUCAGCAUUAUCUUCGGUGUCUCUGUCACCAAAUUUGAGUUUGGAACAUGCAAGAAUGGGGAAAGGGGGUGUUACCGUUACUAAAUUGGAUCAAAUUGAUGAUUCUAUUGUAGUUAUGAAGCAGAACAAGAAAAGAAAGAAAAAACUGCUGUCAAACUUGGUGUCAUCAAUAGAACCAAUUUCCCAGCAAUUUGAUCUUAACCCAGUUCUGAAGCAGGGAUCUGAUUUAAUGAAGAAAUUCAAUGUGAUUGACAGUGAGGUUAGACAGAAAGAUUUCGAAUUCGUUAAAAAAUCUGACGAUCCUGAGGUGAAGAAAGUAAUCAAAGUGAAGCCUUUUACAAGAAAUCAAUCGUUAUUGGAACAAUUUGCCAAGAAUAUCACUAAAAGCAAUAAAACAAUAUCAGACUUUUGUAAGCUUUCUUCAGUGUUUAUGCAUGAUAAUCCUAAUUAUUUUGAAGAGUACAACGAUUUUUUGAAACAUAGGGAUGAAGCCUAUGAUGUCAAUGGUCCUAGUUUCGUUCAAGAGCUUCAAAAUUUGUUUGCCUCAUCAGAAUUGCUUAAACCGGGUCCUAAAAUGGACUCUGUCGUCGUGGAUGAGGCGAGGAAGAAUGUAGAAUUUGCAUCCUUGACACAGGAUGGUGUUGAGAUUCAGGAAUAUGACACUUUAAACCCUCCCUCAGCUACAACAAGGUCUAAAAGUGCAGGUAGUUAUAACCAAGGUAUGACGAAGAGCGACUUUUCAAAAGUUGAAUCCCUGGAUACCAAUAAUUCUAACACCACUAAUGAUUCCUCACAUUAUUCCGAAGUUUCAUCUUUAAGUGAUGUAUACAGUUGUGGUCCUGUGCCCUUUCCUGAUUCAUCCACAAAGCACUUACUCAUUGGGCUACUAGAAUUGUUAGGUGCUCCUGAAGAAGUUAAAGGUACUGAUGAUUUAAAAGUUGCCUUAUUAAGUUUACAUCCGUAUCUCUCAAAAGCUAUUGGAUUUUUAUGGAACGUUUCCAAAAUUGCCAUGUCAGAAACGACAGUAUGCAAGAAACGCUACAAAGAGGCGUUACAGAAGGCCACAUACCAUGAGGUUGGAUUGGAAUUUAUGCAGCAAAAGAUUGAAUCACUCAAAGACGUUCAUGAGGAAAAAGUGAAAUCCUUGGAGAAUAAGAUCAACGAACUACAAGCUGAUUUGGCCCAUUACAAAGCAUACAAGGAUGCCAAAGUUACUAUCAUCGAUAUGAAUUUCCAGACAACAAAUGAUACGUUGUGCAAAGCGAUUGAAAAAUGCGAUGUUAUUCGCAAGAAGGAUAUUGAAAGCUUCAAAGUGGCUUGGUUCAAAACUGUUGAUAAUCUCAAGUUAGCCAAGGAAAACCUUCUGAGCACUUUGACUGAACUCAACGAUUUGAAAAAUAAGACACAUGCUGCAAAGAUUCAGGAAGAUGACUAUCGUUCUAUGGAGAAAGAGUGUGAUGAUUUCAGAGCACUUGGAGGAAUAUAUGAUAAGAUUACCAAAUCUGUCUAUGACAAGCAGAUGAAAUACGUUAAAGUCAAAGAGAAAUUCAAAGCAGCUGAAGAGCAGCUUAACGUGAAGAAUUCCCAGAUAGUUUCUUUGAAAAGAGCACAUGAAGAGCAAAUACACGAGUUAAGCGCAUUAUCUCCUGAAAAGAGACAAAGAACAUUAGGGUUUUGGGAUAGAACUCAUUACGAGGUCGCUUUGUUGGAGAAAGAUGACAUGAUAGAUCAGUUGAAGUUUGAUCUAGAACUCAAGGAUGAAGUGGUUUUAGAUAUGCAAUCCGAGCUAGAUAGCAAAAGUAAGCGUCUCCAUGAAUACAGAUCGGACAGGGCGCGGCUAUCCUCUGAAAAAUGUCUCUUAAACAUAGAACUUGAAGACACAAAGAGGCUUCACAAGGUGAAUUUUGAAAGGAUGGAAAGAGGUUACAAACGAGAAAUCCAUGAGUUAUCUACCACUUUAGAACAAAGGACAAAAUAUUUUGAUAGAGAGCUCCAAAUCCAUAAGGCAAACUGUCAAAAAUCUGUCGAUGAAGCUUUGAAAGUGGCUCUUAAAUCAGACAUAUCGCUGAGUGUAAUUUCUAAUCCGAAAAGGUUUGCAGUAUCCAGAGCAUUGGCUUACGUCAUGAACAAGAAGCGGAAUUUGAGGAGAUGUUUGGAAACUUUGAACGUAGAAAACAUUCCCAUGAAUGACAAGUACUUGACUUGGGAAUCUAUUCCAAAAUGUGAAUCCUACAGAAUACGGAAACGAGAUUCCGAAGAAUUGGUAUCAAUUAGAAACCCUGCCCAUUUUAUUGCGAAUCCCGGGCCGCAGUUAAAUGGAAUGGAGUUAACUGAUUGUUCUAAUUCGAAGAAAGAUCGUACUUUUUCUGGAGCGAAUGAACGUGUGGAAGUGGAGAAACAAGACCAAGUCAUAUCUAAUACUGCUUCUGUUCCUGAGUUGGUUCCUGAAUUGGUUCCCGAUGAUCAGCAUUCCAUGACGGAUACUUCUUCUUGCCAUAGUGUCCACAAUGAUGUUCAGGAAACUCUGCCACUUGUUAUUGCCAAAAAUGGUUCCAAAACUUCGCCUUCCAAUCGUCCUCGAAAUAACAGCAACGGUGAUUACAGACACCUUUCGCACUCUGAGAUGUUCAAAAAGCUUGGAAUGCAUCAUCAUCUUUUAUCGUACGAUUGUGUGAGGAGGGAAGAGGAUAUAAAGCCAAAGCGACAACAAAGGUCAUCUGAUUUGGAAAAUCAAUUUGGACCAGCAUCUCUAGGAUUGACAAAACCAGAUGAGAAGGAUGACUUGACUGUCCAUUCAAACCCAAUAUUUGACGAUCCUAUUGGCAGUUAUGGGAAGAGUUCAGGUGCCCGCUUUAUUAGAGAUAAGUUAAGGUCAAAUAUAUCUUUGCAUGAUGUUAUAUCCAAUCCAGCGGUGGCGACCACUAUUUCAAAAGAUGAUUCGAUCGAUGCUGAAUCUACUGAAGGAGAUUCUGAAAGAAAACCAAAAGUACCUGCAUUUGCACAAUUGGGUGAUAACAUAACGGAACUAUUCAAUACAGUGGCAUCCACAUUUUCAAAAAAAUCGUCAGCUACAUUGCGAUUGGGUUCAGCUGACGAAAGUGUGUAUGACACUCAUUUCUUGGAAACAAAGGUCCCAAGUGAGAUCAAUUCGUUCGACAUCAGUCCAGUGUCACCGCUCAACCUUCAAGGUGGGCCAUCAACAGCUGCUUCAUUAUCUCCAAGAUCACCAAUGGCAAUCCCUGCCCAGAGUGCGGUUACUCCAUUGACUGCAAAUACUGCUGGUACAGCUUCAACGAAGCCUAGUUGGUUUGAUUUUUCAAAUAAGGAUUCUAGUUGGUAUUCAUUGAAGUUCAAAAAUUCAAAGGAAACAUCAACUAGCGGAUGA